AUGGGCUCCAACCAAUGGUACAGCAACGGCUGGUAUCACGCCUCUUCUCCCCAGGAUCAGGUCUCAUCACCUACAGAGUACUUUUCUGGUUACUACCAGUCCCAGCCUAUGGCCAGAGAUAUGAGCUCUGGUAACAGCUCCCAGGCUUCUACUAUUCCGGAGUCACCUGUACCGCACAGCCACUAUGCUCUGUACGGUUCAUCACCGAACAGCUACUCUGGCUACCAACAAACACCAGAUUAUGAGCAGCAAUUCUCUUCAGGGCAAGCCAGGACCGACGAGUCUACCAUUCCCCGAAGUGAAACUGGUAACGACUGGCCAGUGCAGUGUCUUCACCCUGGCUGUCCUGCUCGCCCUUUCAAGCGGACUGCGGAUCUUCAGCGUCACUACAAGAAUACCCAUGCUCCUGAGUCAAGCAAAGACGUCUACUUGUGUGACUAUCCUCGAUGCGGUCGCUCCCGAGAGCCCUUCCACCGUCGAGAUCACUUCAGAGAUCAUCUCCGUGAAUAUCACCGUGAGGAUAUCCAGAAGCGCGGAGCAACUGUCAACGAGGAAUGGCUUGAGGGUCGAUAUGCGCCCUCUAGCUGGUGGCGUUGCCCACGCUGUCUUGUCAGAGUCUACGUCUCCAAGAACGGCUUCGAAUGCCCCGGGUGUAAGACAUCUUGCGAGUCUAAGCGCAAGGAGAAGCGCCGCAGCCGAUCCUGA